AUGACCGUCUGUCAUCCUGAAAGUUUUAAUUCCAAAUUGAUUGUAUCAUUUGUCUCUAGAAGGCGGCAAAAAAACUUUCCUGACGCAGCAAGUGAUGCGCCUGCAUGUGCGACGGGAAGUACUUCAAGCAUCGAUGCACCCAUUGUGACCGAAGAUCAGUCUACCGCCACAACCACCGAGAUCCGUAGUUCAACUGCCACAUCACGAUAUCCCCAACUUGAUUCACUUCAAGACCUUCAAAACUUGAAAACACUGAAACCACCAACUCCACCAUUCUUCAAAUUGAACACAGCUUCACGCCAUGCAAAACGAGCUGCGUCUUCCGAAGUUAAACAAAGCCUAAACAGUACUGAACUGGGUUCGGAUGUUUGUGAUAUAAGUUCAAAGAUUUCCAAAAAGAAGAAAAUUGCCCAUCUGUCUCGUACUGUCAUUAAACCCACCAAUUCAACUGGGGCUGCCAUUCAACGGAGUACCCAUCCAUCGGCACCUGGUCACUCAAUCUCAAAUACGACUCUCACUUUUGACGACAAUGAGAAGGAUCUCAAAGACUUGCACAACUCUCUCGCCACGCCAGCCUUGCCUUUACAGAACGCCGUCACCAAGCCAAAUGCUUCCAAACGUAAUGUGAUCAAACGACCGCCUGUCUCCGAUCAAACUCAACACCAAAGUGUCUCUCAAAAGCCAUCAGAUUCUGAAACGUACAAGAUCCAAAUGCUCCAAAAAGAUAAAGAUUGCCUCAAGAAAACCGCACAAGUUACAAGUACACUUAAUCCAAAACUCACUCAUUUGGAAUCUCGAGUGGAGACCUUGCAGCGCCGAUUCAACAUAGAUCACGAGGAGAUUGUGACACAUGGUCAGAUUCUCGAGAAGUUAAUGGCUUCAGACGACGACGACGACAAGAGUUGUGAUUAG